AUGUCCGGGAGUCCAGAUGAUUCUGAUGAUGAAUUUUUCGAUUGCACAGAACCAUUCCGUGAGUCUCUACCGUUUUAUGCUGUCGCUGUCCCGCGUUCCUCCCCCGGUGCCGGCUUUUUCGCUAAUAUCACGCAAGCAAAAUCGAGGCUCAGAAGUGUUAAGGGCUCUCGUUUGAAAGCCUUUGAUUCGAUACAGGAUGCAAGCGACUUCUCUGCUUGUCCGGUAUUAGAGGGCACCGAGUAUUCUUUGACAAUUCCAGAGGGCGAAAUUGUGAAAUUUCCCAGCAUCAGACAGGCAGAUCUUCUGCGCUUAAGAAAAUACAUUGAAACAAAUGAUAUUCUCGCAAUCGAAAAAUGCAUAACAGAUAAUCCCAUGUACCUUCUUACAGGCUAUGAUACACCGACUAUACUACAGCUCGUAUUUCAUUUUAACGCCAUCCAUAUUGCUGCGAAAUCGGGUCAUGCUGAUGUGAUUAAACUUAUACUUUCGUACCUUGAAUCUUCUGAAUUUUGGGCGCGUAUUUACCCCAACGCUGAUGAGCAUACGGCCAACGAACGUCGAGUACGCGUCUUAGAUCUUUAUUUGAACAGCCCUGAAACCGGUAGUCUCUCUUCUCCGCUGCAUCUGGCCAGUAAGUUUGGCCAUGUUGAAUGCGUGCGUGUGCUGGCCAGCCAUCCAGUCACCUUGUUAGAUCUGCGCGACGCCUCCGGCGCUACAGCUCUCGAUGCCGCCUGUACUCGCCUCCUUGUUAGCGAAAGUCUAUCCCUAGAACAGAAGUCUCUCCGUCGCCAGAUCAUCACUCGAGCCCUUGAUGAACGCGUAGGUAUCUCUGCGAUAGUUUUCACUUUGUUCUGA